AGAAUAAAUUGAUUCUUAAAAAAAAAAAUGAAAAAGAAAGAGAAAAAGGAAAAAGAGGAAAGUAUCAUCUUAAAGGAAAAGAAUUCCCAGAUUUUCAUUCAACCUAAAUUCCUAAUUCAUCUGAAAAACCCUUCUCUGAAAAAUCGAAUUGUUGUUGUUAUGGAGAAGUCGUCGAAGAUCGAGGAGCCUGCGAUCGGGAUCCCCUAUAACGCGGCGUACCAAGCGCCGAUGCCUCAACAGUAUUACGUUGGUGAAAACCCUUAUCAAUCCGGUGCAGUCCCCCCAAACGCCGUUGUUGGGGACCCAAAAGGAAUUCCUCUUCAGCAGACAAUUUACCGAGAUACGCCGGCGCCUUUUAAUUGUGUUCACUGUGGUAGUACUGGAAUCACCUCUGUCAAACAUAAACCAAGUUUAGCGGCUUUUGUUGGUUGUAUGAUGCCGAUGAUGCUUGGCGUCUGCUUUCUAUGCCCCUCAAUGGAUUGCCUAUGGCACAAAUAUCAUUAUUGCCCAAGCUGCAACGAGAAGGUUGCUGAUUUUGAGAAGUCUGAUCCUUGUCUGGUGAUGGAUCCUCCACAGUGGGUACAAGAGAGCUUUGCUUUGCCUGCGUGAUUUAAUGACUUGAUGAGUGGCUUUAUGGACAUAUUUAGAUUGCUUCCUUCGUGUAUGUGAUUACAUCUGUGUGAUAAAAGGAAACGAAUGUAAUGUGGACUUUUGAUUUUUUACGUGAAACUGGAAUGCAAAUUAGUGAAAGCAUUAAAUAAAUUGUUCGAGGAAAUAAAAGGGAUUUUGGAAUGACACAGUAAAUAUAAUGUUUCGUGCUUGUAAAUUCUGCAGUUUUUCAUGGAGUAAUGUUGUUUUGUCUAAACUGACUAUUGUACUAUGUUUCUAUUUGUUGUGAUUCCCUUUCA